AUGAACCUGGCCGACGCUCCCGGCGGCGCCCGCAAGCUGCUGAAACUGCGACCUUCGCUGCUGCUGACGCUCGUGCGGCACGGCCAGUCAGAGGGCAACCGGCAGCAGCUGAUCCAGGGCCAGUCCGACUACCCGCUGUCGGAGCUGGGCGUGCGGCAGGCGGAGGCGCUGCGUCACCACCUGGUCGAGCGCGGCGUCACGUUCGACGCCGUCUACUCCAGCGACCUGCAGCGCGCGCGCCAACACCAGCGGCUGCGCGAGAAGAACUACGGCGUCUGUGAGAACCAGCCGACGUACCACGGCAACCUGAAGAAGGCGGACGCCAACCGGAUUGCGCCCAACACGGGCGUGUCGGUGGUGCACGUGGCCAGGGCCGGGUCGGAGCCGGACUCACUGACUCUGCACUUUCUGAAGAUGCACAGCGACGAACACCUGGGCAAUGUAGCCUCCACAGCGCCGCCAGGUGUUUGA